CGUACCUACCUUCGUAAAUAUAUGAAGGUUGUAUAAAGGAAUUGUACUGUACUGUAGUCAUGCCCUGCCUGUGAUUCUCCCGUCUCUUCCCUGCUGCAGGAUAAUGUCUGAGGGCGGCAGUCGGGGCGACGUGGCAAUGAGGGCGAACGAGAACGUCCACAGGCCGGGGGUCACGCCGGAGGAGAUGGCGGCCGGCUACGACGAGUGGUCCGAGAACUACGAGGAGAUGAUGAUCUGGAAAGGCGGGUACCGUGGCCCCACCAUCACGCUGGAGGAGGCGCUGCGUUGGGUACCCCCGGAGCGGCGAGCCAAGGCCAGGGUGCUGGACGUGGCCGCCGGGACGGACUGCGUGGGCAGCAAACUCCACCGGGAAGGCUUCAGGCACAUAGACGCUGUGGACCCGUCGGAGGGCAUGAUGAAGCUGCGGGAGACUGGCAUCUAUACCAGCGACUUCCUGGAGUUUAUCGACAGCGGACACUCCACCGUGCCCAAAGACACAUACGACCUGGUGGUCAUCUCGGGCGGUAUGGGCGAAGGUCAUAUCCCACUCAGUGGCCUCGACGACCUGGUGCGCGUCGCAAAGAACGGAAGCUUCGUGAUCAUCGUGAUGCGCCACGAGCACCUACAGACCGUGCCUUCCUACAAGGACAAGCUGGAGCCUUACAUGGACCAGCUGGAGGCGGACGGGAAGUGGAAGAAGGUGGAGCGGCGCAUCGUCCCAAACUAUUUCUGUGACAAGGAGGGUCUCGUCUUCGUCUUCCGCAUCACUAAGCCUGAGUGAGGAGGAAGAGGAGGGAAUGGAAAAGAGAGAGAUGAGGAGGAGGAGUUAUAGUUAUAGUUCGUCGCGGCACCCGAGACAGAGGUGUGAAUUAUCGUGCUCUGAUGUUAUAUGAUAGUUUACGCAUAGGACACAUUUGUCAGUAUGAAUCAUAUUAUUGAAAUUGUCAAAAAAAUCUCACUUAAUGAACUAAGAC